UCACUCUACUACUUGACUCUGUAACAGUCCCAUAUUCCUAGUAUCGAAUUCCCCUCACUCCACCGCUGCAAGACAAUGAAGGAUACACACACCCUGCUUAAUCUACUUCUGCUGCUAGUGUACCUAGCAGGAUCAGCUUUGACCACUGAUGGAGGGAGUGGCAGUACCAAUGGUCCCUUGGAACUAACCAUUGUGGGACCUGACUUUGUUAAAGUGGGUGUGCCACGCAGCUUUGACUGUGCUGCCCAGUGCUCUCCCUCCUGUAGCUACAGAAUGAGUAUCGACGGGCAGAUUUGGCAUGGCAACGAGCUGUUGUUCACAGCUCACCAAUGGGAGGAGUCCCUAAACCUCACAUGCACUGCAAGGAAUGAUGAAUCUGGGAGGUCCUCUACAGUAACAAAGAUACUGCAGGUUUUAGCUGGACCUACCAACGUAUCGAUCACAGGCCCUGCCCUGAUGACCCCAGGGGCCCCUCAAAGCUUCCAGUGUAACGCAGACUGCCGUCCCUCCUGCAACUACACCUGGAAGAUAAAGGGCCGAUGGCUCGGGGGGCAGGGGAAUAAGAUUACUGUAACUCCCGAAGAGUUGGCCACCUCUGCUACCCUGAACUGCAAGGCCAUCAACAGUGUGUCUGGGCUCUAUGCCAUGGCAACCAGGACAAUUCCUGUAACAUCUGGUCCAUCAGAGGUCCACGUCAUCGGCCCAGACUCUGUUGCAGUCGGUUUCAAGUCCAUGUUUCAGUGCACUGCCAAAUGCACUCCCGCUUGUGACUACCGCUGGACCAUUGAUGGUCACACUGUCCACGGUAGUGAGAUGGAGAUGACGGUCGAGCGAAAUGUGAAGUCAGAGAAGAUUAUAUGCCACGCUCAGAAUACGGUCUCAACUCAUUUUGAGGUGGUCACCAAGUCCGUACGGGUGGAAGAAAAUGACAAAAAGAAGAUCCUCUCCAAAAAAUAUGGUUGUCAAGCUGUGUCCAGUUUGUGUUUGUCCAAGAAGACCAUCUCUGGGAGGAAGCAUCAGCAUUGUACAGCAGCUGAAACCUGGUCCCGAUUGAGUCCGAACAUACCUUACUGACAACAACACCAGGUUCCAGAGCAUUAAAGCUGUAAAACAGGAAUAUAGACUGAAAAUAGACAUGACAUUAAAACCUUGAAUACUAGCUACAGUGACUUCAGAAAGUAUUCACACUCCCUGACUUCCACAUUUUGUUAUGUUGGAGUCUGAAUUUAAAAUAGAAUACAUUUAAAAAUGUGUCACUGGCC